AUGGGGUCUCCACUUUCUGUUGUUGUAGCAGAAAUUGUGAUGCAGAAAAUCGAGGAAAGCGUCCUUUCGACUUGCCGACAGACGAUACCACUUUGGUUACGCUACGUUGACGAUACUUUCACCGCUGUACGACACGACGAAAUCGACGCAUUCCACCACCACCUUAACGAACAAAACACUGACAUACAGUUUACUAGAGAAGUCGAAGAAAAUGGUAAACUACUUUUUCUAGACUGCCCGGUAAGCCGUGACUACAACUCACUACGGACAACAGUUUACAGAAAACCGACACAUACUGACGGUUUACUGGACGAGUCAUCCUACAACCCGACAUCACACAAAGCCACUACCAUCAGGACUCUUACCCGACGAGCGCAACUUGUAUGCAAUACGACAGACAGCUUAUCCGACGAGAACAAGUACCUUAGCCGAGUUUUUCCAAAGAACAAGUACAACGAAGACUUCAUCCAACGUAACACUCACAGACCUACUACUAUUACCGAAGCUAACGACAACGCAACUCCUACGACCACAGCAACUAUACCAUACAUAAAGAGUAUAUCUGAGAACAUCUCGCGCAUCCCACAACCACUUAAUAUCCGCGUCGUUCACAAACCUAUUACUCACUACGUCAGUUACUGA